CCCCGCAUGAUAGCCAGGCCCCACGAGCCCCGGCGCCAGGCUUUGCCCGGGGAGGCUCCGCCCUGGGCUUUUCUUUCCGGGGGCGCCCUUGGGCAUGUGUGUCUGCCUCUUGGCAUCCUUUUCUUGUUUUGUAAGCAGUCGCCAAGUGAGGGGACGUCUGCAUUUGCUCUAACGAGGAAAAAACAAAACAAAACAAAAAAUCAACUACUUGGUUUCACACAUUUAGUGACCCGAUUUAGCCAGGCUUUCUUUUAUUCCAAAACGUACCAAAGCGUACCAAAGCGUCUUUCAUGUGCUGCCCCUAGGGCUAGAUAAAGAAUAAACCGUUGCGACCGAAGUUGACCUGGUUUCUUCCAAUAGAGUACUGUUGAGCGAGGUUCAGCGAGGAGACUCAAACAUGAAACACAAUCAUGCAAGCGAACAUGUAAAUAAAAGUUGCGACAGAAUACGAUAGAAAGAGCAAGAAAAAGAUGAACCCUCAUUUAGGAAGGGUGGUCAAGAAAGAUUUUCCAAAUAUCGACGCUAAAGAUGGAACAGGAGAAGUUAAGGCAAGGACCGGGGAGAAUGCAUUUCGGAAAAGGAAGAGAUACCCCUGUGUUUUUCCGCGUUGGCCGAGAAAAUGGCUUGAGAGAUGUUAUAAUGGAUCAUCAUGUUUCCACCAUUAAACCCCGAAGAAUCCAAAAUCAGAAUGUCAUUCACCGCUUAGAACGCCGGCGUAUCAGUUCAGGCAGGGCGGGGACCCACUGGCAUCAGGUCCGGGUGUUCCACCAGAAUGUCUUCCCUAACUUCACCGUCGUCAACGUUGAAAAGCCUCCUUGUUUCUUGCGUAAAUUCUCACCUGAUGGGCGCUACUUUAUUGCUUUUUCUUCUGACCAGACAUCUCUUGAAAUUUAUGAGUACCAGGGCUGUCAGGCAGCCGAGGACCUCUUGCAAGGCUAUGAAGGGGAGAUCUUGUCCAAUGGCAAUGACCAGCGGUCAGUCAGCAUCCGAGGCCGGCUUUUUGAACGUUUUUUCGUCCUGUUGCACAUUACCAAUGUAGCAGCCAAUGGUGAGCACUUGAACCGGGAGUGUAGCCUCUUCACUGAUGACUGCCGGUGUGUCAUCGUGGGCUCCGCUGCCUAUCUCCCAGAUGAACCGCACCCUCCUUUCUAUGAGGUCUAUCGGAACAGUGAGUCAGUGACCCCCAAUCCACGGUCCCCUCUGGAGGACUAUUCCCUCCACAUCAUUGACCUUCACACGGGCCGUUUGUGUGACACACGCACCUUCAAGUGUGACAAAGUGGUCUUGUCACACAACCAGGGGCUGUACUUGUACAAAAACAUCCUGGCCAUCCUGUCUGUGCAGCAGCAGACCAUUCACGUCUUCCAGGUGACGCCUGAAGGCACGUUCAUCGAUGUGCGGACCAUCGGUCGCUUCUGCUAUGAGGACGACCUGCUCACGGUGUCAGCCGUUUUCCCGGAGGUGCAGCGGGACAGUCAGACAGGCAUGGCCAAUCCCUUUAGGGACCCUUUCAUCAACUCCCUGAAGCACCGCUUGCUGGUGUACCUGUGGCGCAGGGCCGAGCAGGAUGGGAGCCCGAUGGCCAAGAGGCGUUUCUUCCAGUACUUUGACCAGCUGCGGCAGCUGCGCAUGUGGAAGAUGCAGCUGCUGGACGAAAACCAUCUGUUCAUCAAAUACACCAGCGAGGACGUAGUGACCCUGCGGGUCACAGACCCGUCUCAGGCCUCGUUCUUUGUGGUGUACAACAUGGUGACGACAGAGGUGAUCGCGGUGUUUGAGAACACAUCUGAUGAGCUGCUGGAGCUCUUUGAGAACUUCUGUGACCUCUUCCGCAAUGCUACCCUGCACAGUGAAGUCCAGUUUCCUUGUUCAGCCUCUAGCAACAAUUUUGCACGGCAGAUCCAGCGCCGGUUCAAAGACACGAUUAUAAAUGCCAAGUAUGGAGGCCACACGGAGGCUGUGCGUCGGCUGCUCGGCCAGCUCCCCAUCAGUGCCCAGUCUUACAGUGGCAGCCCCUACCUGGAUUUGUCUCUCUUCAGCUACGAUGACAAGUGGGUGUCAGUCAUGGAGCGACCCAAGACUUGUGGAGAUCACCCGAUCAGGUUCUAUGCCCGGGACUCUGGCUUGCUGAAGUUUGAGAUCCAGGCAGGCUUGCUGGGCCGCCCCAUCAACCACACAGUGCGGCGCCUCGUUGCCUUCACCUUUCACCCUUUUGAGCCGUUCGCUAUCUCUGUGCAGAGGACUAACGCAGAGUAUGUUGUCAACUUCCACAUGCGACACUGCUGUACCUCGCUGCCCCACCACAGCCGCACUGCCCAGGACUUCGCCCCUGCUUGACGCCAUGGACUCCAGAGCAAAAGCCGCAGGCUGCCAGCUUUGGGGAUUCCAGACUGGAAGCCCUCCCCGACCUAAGACAGCGCCUGAGGCACGGGGGACGGAGUGCAACCUAGUGGGCCUUGGUUUUCCUGUUACCUGGCUGAUCAUUUUUAAAGUUCUCUCGCUUUUCCCUGUGGGAACACUUAGCAUUACGUCCAUUCUAUUUUGUUUACUUAGCAUUUUAUUAUGACUGUGAAGAUAGAAGCAUUACACCUUCCCCCUGGAUGCCAAUCUUCGGCAUUACGGUCUGAAACCUGCAGCAGGUAAAUCAUGUUUACUCCUGAGAAUUAUGUACUCCUUUCCACUUCUCCGACAAGCAGGGCUCUUUAUAAGAGAAAAUAAAGUCUUGGUAUUUUCUUAUGAAA